UUUACACCUACCUUCUUCUUCUUCUUGUUUAGCAACCAUGAGAGCAAACGUAGUAAGAAGAAAAUUGAUCAAACCAUCUUCCCCAACUCCACGAAACCUCAAAAACUACAAAAUCUCUUGCAUAGAUGAGCUUGCUCCAUCCACCAACAUCGGCGUCGUUUUAUUCUAUCCAUCAAAACCACACCGAAUAACUCAAAAACUCGAAGAAUCUCUGCAAAAUAUCCUCCCACAAUUCUACGUCCUUGCUGGAAGAUACAUAAAGACCGAUCACUCCAUCAACUGCAGCGACGAGGGUGCCGAGUUUGUGGAAGCAGAAGCCCCCGAUGUGGAGCUGGCCAACAUUGUUGGGACAAGUGAACAACUGAACGAUCUCCUUCCACGCCGAUCUCACCAAAUGGAUGGAGAAUCGGAUCCACUGCUGUCGGUUCAGAUCACAGAUCUGAAAUGCGGUGGAUUGGUGAUUGGCGUCAGCGUCUCGCACAGGAUAUUCGACACUUGCUCACUCUCGACGUUCAUUUCUGCCUGGUCGAGUGCCUCCACCAGUUCAGGUGAGAGCAUCAGUGCUGUUGCUAUCCCAACUUUUUAUGAAUCUACGGCGCUUUUCCCUGGCAGGAAUUGGUCUAAAGUGGAAUGUUCUAGAAUGGAGGGAAAUCAUGGGAUUGUGUGUAGAAGGUUUUGCUUCGACAAGGAAGGUAUAGACAGGGUUAGGUCGAAGUUAAGGGUUAAAGACGGGGGAGGGAUGGUUUCGAAGGUGGUGGUGGUGUCUGCUGUGAUAGCGAAAGCACUGAUUGGCCGAUCCGGAGAGGGUUGUUACAUCAGCCAUGCAGUUAACAUGAGGGGGAGAAGAGUGCCACCUCUGCAGAAACAUGUGUGUGGUAAUAUUGUGUUGCAGGCGGUUAGCAGCUGCGCUGCGGAGGCAGAGAUGGGGAUUCAGGGACUGGUGGAUCUGAUGGAGGAGGCUAUUGGGAAGGCUAUAGCAAAGUGUGGUCGGAUUGGUUUUGGCAGUGCCACUCUGAAACCGGUGGCGAAUGCACUUCCCGGAGUUGGUGCUACGACUCUGUGGUUUAGCGAUUGGAGUAAGUUUGGAUUCUGUGAAGCUGACUUCGGAUGGGGGAAGCCGGUUUGGGUCGGCGUCGCUCCAAUGCACGCUCAAGACACGACAAUUCUGAUGGGGAAAGGAGAUGGGGAUGGGAUUGAGGCGUGGCUGCAUUUAAGCAAGGAUGAUAUGAAAGUGUUUGAGCAAAAUCAAGAUAUUACAUUUUUUGCAACCUAA